GCGCGGCCCCAGGACCGAGCGGGCGCGGCGGGCCCGGCGCGGCGGGCAGGCCCGAGGGGCGGCGGGGCCGGGGCGCAGCCGGAUCGGCGGAACCGGGGCCGCCGCUCGGCCCGGCGCUGCGGCAGCGCCCGCCCCCCGCGCAUCGGGCCCUCCCCCGGGCAGCGCGCUCCCGGCGCGGCGGCGCCCGGCGCUGCCCCCGGAGCCGCCGCGGGGCCGGGCCGGCGCGAUGCUGCGGUGCAUGCCGCCGCUCUGGCGCUGCAACCGGCACGUGGAGGCGCUGGACCGGCGGCACUGCUCGCUGCAGGCCGUGCCCGAGGAGAUCUACCGCUACAGCCGCUCCCUGGAGGAGCUGCUGCUGGACGCCAACCAGCUCCGGGAGCUGCCCAAGCCGUUCUUCAGGCUCCUGAACCUGCGCAAGCUGGGCCUGAGCGACAAUGAGAUCCAGAGGCUCCCCCCCGAGGUGGCCAACUUCAUGCAGCUGGUGGAGCUGGACAUCUCUCGCAACGACAUUCCAGAGAUUCCUGAAAGCAUCAAAUUCUGCAAGUCGUUGGAGAUCGCAGACUUCAGUGGGAAUCCUCUCUCCAGGCUUCCAGAAGGCUUCACGCAGCUUCGGAGCCUGGGCCAUUUGGCCUUGAACGAUGUGUCCCUGCAGAGCCUCCCCAAUGACAUCGGGAAUUUGGCCAACCUGGUGACUUUGGAGCUACGUGAGAACCUGCUAAAGACCCUCCCCACUUCGCUCUCCUUCCUCGUCAAGUUAGAACAGCUGGAUCUUGGUGGCAAUGACCUGGAAGUGCUGCCGGACACACUGGGAGCGUUACCGAACCUGCGUGAGCUUUGGUUGGACCGCAACCAGCUCUCGGCCCUGCCCGCGGAGCUGGGCAAUCUCCGCCGCUUGGUCUGCCUGGACGUGUCGGAGAACAAGCUGGAGCAGCUGCCCAGCGAGGUGAGCGGGCUGGUGGCGCUGACGGACCUGCUGCUGUCCCAGAACCUGCUGGAGAGCAUUCCCGACGGGAUCGGUCAGCUGAAGCAGCUCUCCAUCCUCAAGGUGGACCAGAAUCGGCUGACAGAGGUGACAGAGUCCAUUGGGGACUGCGAAAACCUGUCGGAACUCAUCCUGACGGAGAACAUGCUGACGGCCUUACCCAAGUCCCUUGGCAAGCUGGCCAAGCUGACCAACCUGAACGUGGAUCGGAACCGGCUGACGUCCCUGCCAGCCGAGAUCGGCGGCUGUGCCAACCUCAACGUGCUGUCCCUGCGAGACAACCGGCUGGCGCUGCUGCCGCCGGAGCUCGCCAACACCACCGAGCUGCACGUGCUGGACGUGGCCGGGAACAGGCUGCAGAACCUGCCGUUCGCCCUGACAAAUCUGAACCUGAAAGCCCUGUGGCUGGCAGAGAACCAGUCCCAGCCCAUGCUGAAGUUCCAGACCGAGGAUGAUGAGAAGACGGGAGAAAAAGUCCUCACGUGUUACCUGCUGCCGCAGCAGCCGUCGCCCAGCCUGGAGAAUCUUCUGCAGAACAGUGUGGACGAGAGCUGGACGGACACCAACCUAAACAGAGUCAGCGUGAUUCAGUUCCUGGAUGAGCCCAAAGGAGAUGAUGAUGAGGAGCCUGGAGCUGAGAGACGGGGCUUGCAGCGCAGGGCCACCCCGCACCCCAGCGAGCUCAAGGUGAUGAAGAAGGUGAUCGAGGUUCGGCGCAGCGAGGCGCACGCUGCGAGGCCCGAUGCUGACCCCAAGUCUCCGAACGCAGACGAGAAGAGGCUGAGCGCCAUGUCCAGCCGCAGCGAGGACUCGCACGUGUCCAGCAGCGCGGGCUCUGCCGAGCAGCGCGGCGAGGACGGGCAGCGGGGCUGGCCCAACGGGCAGCUCCCCGAGGGGCUCCCGCCGGACAGGGACCCCAGGCCCAGAGCCGAGGAGGAGCGCAAGGAGACCGCCGAGCAGGAGGACGAGGACGUGGAAGUGGAGUACAAUGAGCCCACUGUGCACUUUGCUGAGGACACGCUAAUACGGAGUGAGGAUGAGGAUGAAGAUGAAGAACGACCGUUCCCAGUGGAGAAACAGAGGCUUAUCCGCAAGGACACGCCCCAUUACAAGAAACACUUUAAGAUAACGAAGCUGCCCAAGCCAGAGGCGGUGGUGGCACUUCUGCAGGGGCUGAACAGCGACGGGGUCCCCAAGGAGGAGGAGGAGCUGGGCGGCUGCAAUAACAACGCGGAGGCCGAGGAUCAGGAGGAGGCGUGGGACGAGGACGGCCGGAAGAACGGAGCGCUGUCCCAGCCGUCCGUGAAGGGGGUGUCGUUUGAUCAAGCCAAUAAUCUGCUGAUUGAACCUGCUCGCAUUGAGGAGGAAGAGCUGACUCUGACCAUCGUGCGGCAGACGGGGGGUCUGGGCAUCAGCAUCGCGGGGGGCAAGGGCUCCACCCCCUAUAAGGGUGACGACGAGGGCAUCUUUAUUUCCCGUGUGUCUGAAGAGGGUCCUGCCGCUCGCGCGGGGGUUCGUAUUGGGGACAAGCUUCUGGAGGUGAACGGCGUGUCCCUGCACUGCGCGGAGCACCAUGUGGCCGUGGAAGCUCUGCGCGGGUCCGGGAGCUCCGUGUCCAUGACGGUGCUGCGGGAGCGGAUGGUGGAGCCGGAGAACGCCAUCACGGUCACCGCGCUGCGCCCCGAGGACGACUACAGCCCCCGGGAGAGGCGGGGGGGCCUGCGCUUCCCCGAGCGCCCCGAGGGGACGCCUCCCACCCAGAGAUUCUCCACCUGCCUCAUGCGCAACGAGAAGGGCCUGGGCUUCAGCAUCGCCGGCGGCAAAGGCUCCACACCCUACCGGGCUGGCGACACGGGGAUCUUCAUCUCGCGGAUCGCAGAGGGCGGCGCGGCCCAUCGGGACGGGAUCCUGCGCGUGGGAGACCGGGUCAUCUCGAUCAAUGGGGUAGACAUGACAGAAGCCAGGCAUGAUCAGGCAGUAGCGCUGCUUACCGCGUCCUCCCCCACCAUCGUGCUGCUGGUAGAGCGAGAGGCCGCGGAGCAGCCCGGCGAGGGAGACGCGCCGGGGGCGCCGCGGGGGCGCAUGCACUCGCCACCGCCCCCCAGCCAUGGGGACAGCCCCCCCGAGGAGCCGCCGCCCCGGACCCCCCUGCCCAAAGGCCUGGAGGACCAGUACCCCAUCGAGGAAAUCCAGCUGGUGAAGGCGGGUGGUCCCCUGGGGCUCAGCAUCGUGGGGGGCAGUGACCACUCCAGCCACCCCUUCGGGAUCCACGAGCCAGGUGUCUUCAUCUCAAAGGUCAUUCCGCGCGGGCUGGCGUCCCGCAGCGGGCUGCGCGUGGGGGACCGCAUCCUGGAGGUGAACGGCACCGACCUGCGCCACGCCACGCACCAGGAGGCCGUGACCGCGCUGCUGUCCAGCGCGCAGGAGCUCACCGUGCUGGUGAGGAGGGACCCGCCGCCGCCCGGCAUGCAGGAAAUAUGCAUUGAAAAGGCCCCGGGAGAAAAACUGGGCAUCAGCAUCCGCGGUGGCGCCAAGGGUCACGCUGGGAACCCGUUCGAUCCCACUGACGAAGGCAUCUUCAUCUCCAAGGUGAGCUCGUCGGGGGCGGCGGCGCGGGACGGGCGGCUGCAGGUGGGGAUGCGCAUCCUGGAGGUGAACCAGCAGAGCCUGCUGGGCAUGACGCACACGGAGGCCGUGCAGAUCCUGCGCGGCGUGGGCGACGCGCUGCUGGUGCUGGUGUGCGACGGCUUCGACCCCCGCGCCGCGGCCGCCAUCGAGAUGUCUCCAGGGAUUAUUGCAAACCCUUUUGCUGCUGGCAUUGGGCGCAAGAAUAGCCUGGAAAGUAUCUCUUCUAUUGACCGGGACUUGAGCCCUGAAGAGCUGGAGAUCCUGCAGAAGGAGAUGGAAAUGGUGGGAGAAGCAGCUCAGUGGGAGAGAGAAGAGAUGGAGAAAGUGGAGCGGGUGCGCAGGGAGCGGGAGGCGGCCACGCGGCAGCUGGAGGAGGCGGAGAGCGCCACGAGCGAGCCGCUGCGGCUGGACUACCGGACCCUGGCUGCCCUGCCCAGCAGCGGCCUGCAGCGCGGGAACCGCUCCCUCGUUCAGUAUAUUAAGGCCAGGUCCGGCAUGGAGGGCGCCGGGGCCGUGCUGCCGCUGCCGGCGCAGGACAGCCGGGACUCGGCCCCAGCCGCGGCUGCGGGCCCCGUCGGGAGCGCGCCCGCCCGCCCCCGGGACCCCGCGCCGCCCGACGCGCGCACGAGCGGGGCAGAAAAGCCCCAGCGAGACAAGCAGGAUCCCGCGGGCUGCCCCCUGUCCCAGGACCAGACGCCAGAGGCGCCAGAGCAAGAGUGUCUGAUCGACUCCCAGCCCAUCCUCUUCAGCGAGAACCCCUUCGUGGUGGCCAACCGCAGGGGCACGGCGCUGGGGGGGCCGCCCCUGGGCUACGGCAAGGGGGGCGUGCUGAAGACCAACCUGUACUCCAAGGCUCCUGCAGGCGAGUCUGGGGCAGGAAAUUCCAGGCGUGAAACCCCCUGCUCUCCUGGGAACCAUCAGACGCCUGCGGCCCCUCGUCCCGCUCACCUCUCGGGCAGGGAGACCCGCUUUGCUUCCAUUAACUUCAUCACGUCACAGGAUGACAGUAAAUCGACCAAGCCGGGCGUCAUUCAGCCUCUCGCCCGAGUGCGACAAAAUGCUGCCUCACAUAAUUCAGAGGACGGGGACAGCCCCAACCCCUUCCAGCAACCUGAGCCGUGCUUCGGUGUCCAGAACUCUCAGAAGCCGCCUUCACCGCCCUCUCCUGACGAGAUCCCCAUCAACGUCAAGCAGGCGUACAAGACGUUUGCGGCAGUGCCCUUGUCACACCCUCUGCUGGAGCCGCAGGAGCUGCCUGGUCAGACCAGCGCGGAGAAUGCCGGGACUGCCCCGGAGGUGGCCCCGCACAGCCCCGAGCAGCGAUCCUUCCGCGAGAGGCAGAAGUAUUUCGAGAUGGAGGUGAAGCAGCAGCAGAUGGAUAAACCUCCCAAGCGCGUCUCCUUGGUAGGAGAGGACGACCUGAAGAAAAUGAAAGAAGAGGAAGCUCGAAAACUGCAGCAGAAACGUGCCCUGCUGUUGGAGGAGGAGGCAGAGGAGGGUGAGAUGGGAAAACAGGUGCCUGAGACGAGCAUGCAGUCCAGCGUCAUCAUCGAAGGAGUCGAGUACAAGAUCGAGAGACUGAACGGAAGGAGCAUCCAGGCUCCAGCGACUCGGCCCCCCGAGGUCACGGAGAACAGCAGCUCCCAGAGGAAUUCGCUGGAGGAGGGAAUGAAGCCCGAGCAGAGAACCGGCUCCAUGUCUGGGCUGAGUCCGCUGUAUGCUGGAGCGGGGGACCCGGUGGCGCCUGUGCGGACAGCCAAAGCCGAGCGGCGGCACCAGGAGCGGUUGCGCAUGCAGAGCCCCGAGCUGCUGAGCAGCCAGGAGAAGGAGCUUUCUCCAGCAGAACGACGUGCUCUGGAGGCGGAGAAGCGAGCGAUGUGGAGGGCGGCACGAUCCUCAGCUCUUGAAGACAGUAUUAAACAGUACGAGCAGGAUCUGGCCAGGAAGCUGUACCAGUCCCAGCAGCGGGCACGUGCUCGCGGGGCCAGGCCAGCUCAGAUGAGCAGCCCCGAGCAGAGUCGCGCCUCCAGAGCCCCCGGGUCAGGAAGCCAAUCCAGGAUGAAAUCACUCGAACAGGAUGCUCUUAAAGCCCAAAUGGUGAUCGCCAAGUCCAAGGAGGGGAAAAAGCGCAGCACGCUGGAGCAGCUGGCAGAGUCGCCCUCGCCGGUUCCCACCCCGUCGCCAACGCCGCUGGAAGAUUGCAGUCCCAGAAACGUCACUUCCCCGGGCAGGCUGUCCAUGUCUGAAAAGAAGUUUGACUACCGGGAAUUUGCUGCUAUUCCUUCCUCCAAACCUGUUUACGAGAUGCAGUCACCUGAUGCAGCUGACGACCUCAGAUACGUAGAUGACAGAAACAACUCAGUUCCCCAGGAGCAGGACGGGCAGCCGGAGGAAGAGGAGAUGUUAGUAACACGGGAUUCGUCGACACCCACUGCAUCGGCGCUGGAGGAGAUGGCCCUGUACAGCAGCAAGCGCAAACUGCGGCACGGCCGGCGCAGCCUGGAGGCGGCCGUGCCCACGUAGGGGCGACGGCCCCGGGCGACGAGCGGCCCGGCGCGGCCCGCGCAGCGCGGCUGCCCGCGGCACCCAGGGCCCCCUGCCCAGCCAGCUCCGUCCAGGCUGUGAGCCGCCCUCGUUCCUCCCCGACAGCGCCGGGGCGAGUCCUGAACAAAACGGGACAGCACCGGGUGUACUGGUGGCAGACGAGAGGAGGUGUGGGUAGGACGCUGGGCAGCUUGUUAGCCUGUAAAUAGUGUGUGCGGGGACAGGCAGGACAGGGGGAACACACGAGUGUGAGACUGCGUCGGGCCCCAGCUGUUAUUUCCUCAACUUGGAUUUCUGUAGUGGUUUAUAUGGGAGCUUCUACUCCGGUAUGGAUUACAGGGAAGGUCAGCCUGCCUUUGCUCCUGUUUAAUUUCUACUCUUUUGCCAAAAAGCGUCUUUUCCAGCUCCCUCACUGUGUCCCCUCACUUUCCUUCGGGAGUGUGUGGAAACGGGCAGCUUGGAGGCAAAAAGAAACAAACCAGGAGUUUCAGUGAAGUGCCUCUGACACCAACACCCGUGUGCUCGAGCGCGGCUGGCAGCAGGAGCCGGGCAGUGCGGUGCCGCCUGCCCUGCGGGCGCAGCUGUCUGUCCCGCUCGGGAGCUGCUCCGUCUGUCUGUCCCGCUCGGGAGCUGCUCCGUCUGUCUGUCCCGCUCGGGAGCUGCUCCAUCUGUCUGUCCCGCUCGGGAGCUGCUCCGUCUGUCCUCGGGAGCUACUCUGUCUGUCCUCGGGAGCUGCUCCGUCUGUCCCGCUCGGGAGCUGCUCCGUCUGUCCUCGGGAGCUGCUCCGUCUGUCUGUCCCACUCGGGAGCUGUUCUGUCUGUCCUCGGGAGCUGCUCCGUCUGUCUGUCCCGCUCGGGAGCUGCUCCGUCUGUCCUCGGGAGCUGCUCCGCGGGCGGGCGGUGCUGUUGGGGACACAGGUGCCUGCCGGGGUGUGAGUCCCGCAGACGGCGCGAGUCCCGCGUGUGGGGGAGGAGGGAUGUGCGUGCGGCCAGCACCGGUGAGCGGGGCCGGAGGAGCAGCCGCAGCCGCGCGACCGCCAUAGAGAGCAGAGUAGUUGGGGAUUAGGAUACGGUGCAGAGGUGGGAGGUGUAAACAGCAGUAAGGUAGCGGGUUAGGAUUUAGGAAGUGGCGUUGGGGGUCAGGGUAGGAGUAACGGGGUCUCACAGGAGGACGCUGGUGGGUGAAGUGACGGGUGACACGGGGGUGCCCAGCGCGGCGGGUGAAGGGUGAAGGGCGGCGGGUCUGGCCUGUGUCUUGCAAUAACUACACAAUUCUCUGUGCCAGCUUGGCUUCGGGCCCUUCCCACGCAGAACGGGGAACACACGUGCUUGCCGGGCAAGAGGAAAAGAAAUGAAAAUGAGAAGAGAGCAGGGGUGCGAUUCCUGGUUUCCGUGGGUGGAACAGGGGCUGUGAACAGGCUGUGUCACGGGAGCUCUGCAGCUGUGGAGGAGACGGGUGCUGCCGAUAGCUCUGAAAUCGGUCUCUGCUGCUCCACCGCCCAGUACGGAGUGAAACAUCCCUUUUUUAUUUAUCUUUUUAAUGCCUCUGACAGGGACCUGAGCUGGCGGUGCCUGAGCUGGCGGUGCCUGAGCUGGUGGUGCCUGAGCCGGCACUGCCUGAGCUGGCAGAGCCUGAGCAGGCAGCUCCUGAGCCGGCAGCUCCUGAGCUGGCAACACCUGAGCCAGCGGCUCCUGAGCCGGCGGCGCCUGAGCUGGCAGCGCCCGGCUGCCCCCCCCGCACUGCUCUCUGACCCCGCAGCAGCCCCCGGUGACGUGGGAGCGACAGGCGCUUCUGCUUGUUCGUGUGCUGAGUGACAGCUCCGGAUGCAGGUUCCUGUAGCUGAGAAUCUCCCUUCGCGCCAAACCCAGUGGAGCGUUUGAACUGACCGCGUGUGUUUAGCUUGUUUAAUUUUGUAGAGCUUUGAAGGGGGAACUGAUAAUCGAUCUCAAACCGCAGCCACGGCUGCUUCCAUCAUCAGCAAUUUGAGCUUUUCCUUUUUAAAUCUAAUUUUAGCAUUUGCUUUUUAACAACAGCGAUUUGGAAACAAUCCUGGAUUGGUUUUGGUGACUAACUCGUGAUUCUUGGUUCUCUUUGCGGUACCUGGUGCCAGGCUCUGGGUUCUCUCCCGUUCUCUCCUGAGAGACUCUGAGGGAAAAUUAGCGCAUCAAGACUGUAACUAGUGAAAUUUGUACAACCAAAGAAAUCUAUUUUGUGGUUCAAGGAUAAUAAAGUUUACUUUACAUUUUA